AGCUUCACGGACGGAGCUUGUUUUGAAGGAAGUGAGCAAAGCUCGGCUAGCUACCAGCUAAAUUAGCUUGACAGAACAGCCAGCGUCAACGGAAACAGGGUGAAACACAGCGCUGUGUCGAUUCUCUUUCACAACAAAAAAGAUAUACCUCUGCAGUGGCAGUGUUUAGUCUGAUAAAUCGAGACACUUUGGAGGCUUACUGGUGGAGAUUAUUUGGCUGCCGAUUGUGUAAAAACGUCUUGUUUUCUACACUGGCUGUUCGCUAGCCUUGUGUUAGCUAACGCCAAGAACGAAGACAGCGAAUAAAAGUCCACUUUGAUAUCUAUUUUUUUUUUUAUCACAGGAUCCUCGCACAGUUGUGGCAUUAUGACAUCAAGGAAGAAAGUACUACUCAAAGUAAUCAUCCUCGGAGACUCUGGUGUUGGCAAGACCUCCUUGAUGAACCAGUAUGUGAAUAAGAAGUUCAGUAACCAGUACAAAGCCACAAUAGGUGCUGAUUUCUUGACAAAAGAAGUCAUGGUGGAUGACAGACUCGUCACAAUGCAGAUCUGGGACACAGCAGGCCAGGAGAGGUUCCAGUCCUUAGGUGUAGCAUUCUACCGUGGAGCAGAUUGCUGUGUCCUUGUGUUUGACGUGACAGCGCCCAACACCUUCAAAACUCUAGACAGCUGGCGGGAUGAGUUCUUAAUCCAGGCCAGCCCUCGAGACCCAGAAAAUUUCCCCUUCGUGGUGCUGGGUAACAAGAUCGACCUGGAGAAUAGACAGGUAACAACCAAGAGAGCGCAGGCUUGGUGUCAGAGCAAGAACAACAUCCCGUAUUUUGAAACCAGUGCAAAGGAAGCCAUUAACGUGGAGCAGGCCUUUCAGACUAUUGCACGAAAUGCUCUAAAGCAGGAGACUGAAGUGGAGCUGUACAAUGAGUUUCCUGAGCCAAUCAAACUGGACAGGAAUGAGCGAGCCAAGCAAUCAGCAGAGACCUGCAGUUGCUGAGGACUCUGAAGACCUACGGGGGGCUUCACUGCCCUCCCUACCCCAUCUUGCCUUGUCUAUAAUUCCCUUUCCAAGGCCCCACCGUGUUAUCCCUAAUGCCAACAUACAAGCAAAUAUACUACGACACACACACAGACAUGGUGCAAUCACAUUAUGUAUACAGAACGUGUGCUUUCUACAAACAGUCUCCUUGCCCAAAGAACACCUGAAAGGAAACAUGAUGGUAUUUACUUGUAGGAUGCUUACAAAUUCAGUGUUUCCUACAUUCUUUUCCACUCCAGUAGUGGUUUGGGCUCAUCUCAUUUUGCUGCUUCAUGUCCAGGUUUUCUGCUUUUAUCUGGAAUGUUAAUGUGGUCCGCCUAAGCAACUAGCUCUUUUCAUGUUUGUGUUGCUGAGAUAUUUUUUUUUUUUUUUAAUAUUUCUUCAGGAGUGGGUUUCCUUAACUUUUUUUUUUUUGCCCACCACUGUUGAAGUAAAAAAAAAAAAAAAAAAAAAAAGCAUUUUACUCAUUUGUGUUGUGACUUUGGCUUAUAAAUUCACUUUACCUUGUCAGUCUUAAAAAUAAAAUAGACUUCAGUGAGACAUGCAUGUGUGGAUUUGAAUAUGCUGCCUGCUGAUUCUUAAUUGGUAUAAAAAUCAAAGUUCAGUUCCGUGAAAAUUCCGUAAGGUAUAUAUUAUAUUCCAAUUUUAAGGUGGAACCAUGAAAAGACUUUCUUCCUUUAAUGAACACCUCUUUAAACAUCACAUUAUGGAGACAAACUUCAAUUGGAUUGCAAUAUGAAACUGACAUUUUUCCAUUAAUUAUUUUGACAGGAUUUAAUGUUGGGAUGUAACAAAUCAUGUAUAAUUACAAUUAGUAAGUACACUUUUUACUGGUAACCUUAGCAAGACUGGAGCUGCAAAUCUUUCAAUCAUUUUGUGAUGAAGGCAAAUGCUAUGUUGUAAAUCUCCGUAUGACUGCCACAUACUCGUGUUGGCAAAAAGCUGUGCUUGGUAUUUCUUUUAACAGAUCAGAUAUUUAACUCUGUUCAUGUUAUGUUAAAGUUUUUGGAAAUGCACCAUAGAUUUCCAGGUAAGAAACAUACUGUAACUUUAAACAUAAAUGUGGGGGGCAGGGAAGCAUUAGCAUUCAUCAUUAAUGAUAAAUGCGUAGUAUCUACAUUUUCAAAAUUGCCUUUCAAGUAAUAAUGGUAAUAAAAUCUUAAA